UAAGAAAAAAGAAGAAGAAGAACAAGAGGAGAAAAAAGAAGUAGGUGUGUUUGCUCCCUGUGCUCAGCCCUUGAGGACAACAGGUUGUGGACUGUAGUUUGACGGUGAUGGUGUUUAGGCAUGAUGAAUUUAUGCUGUCUGCUUUUGCCUCGAUGACUUCCCCACAACCACAUAGAGGACUACACCACAUCUGAGCCAGCUGUACUUCAGGGAAUAAGGUGGAGAUGGAGGAUUUCUGGGCAGUGGCCCUUUGGGCAAUGAAGAUUUGGCUGUACCUCAUCAUCAGCCUCAUCAUGUUCCCAGCCAUGUUUGGCUUCUCACUGGGCAUCUCCGAGACCUACAUGACCAUCCUGGUGAAAACCUUAGAGUGGGCCACCCUGAAGAUACAGAAGGCAAACACAGAUGAACAAAUUCUCAAAGCCGUUCCAUCCAAUGGUCUCAUUCAGAGGGAAGAUGGCUCUAUGGAAAAAGAGUUAGAGGAACUCAGACGCAGUCGCCCCAAGCCACCAGUGGGCGGUGAUUUUGCACUCAGCGACUGUUUUUAUUUCACUCGGAGAGGAAUUGAGAGCAUUGUAGAGGAUGAGGUGACCCAGCGGUUCACUUCAGAGGAGCUAAUGUCCUGGAACUUACUGACUCGCACCAGUAACGAUUUCCAGUACAUCAGUCUGCGGCUGACUUUGGUUUACGGCUUUGGGAUAUUUGUGCGGUACUGCAUUCUUACCCCACUCAGGUUAACACUGGCCUUCAUUGGCCUGACCUGGUUGGCAAUAGGAACAUCUGCAGUUGGAUUAAUUCCAAACUGGAGGAUUAAGCCCUGGCUCAGUGAAUGGGUCCACAUCAUGUGCUUUAGAAUCUGUGCUCGAGGACUCUCUGCUGCUAUACGGUAUCACAACAGGGAGAACAAACCCCAAAAAGGGGGUAUCUGUGUUGCCAAUCACACCUCUCCUAUCGACAUUGUGAUUCUGGGCAAUGAUGGGUGUUAUGCUAUGGUGGGUCAGGUCCAUGGUGGCUUGAUGGGAGUUAUACAGAGAGCCACGGUGAGAUCCUGUCCUCACAUCUGGUUUGAGAGAGCAGAGAUGAAAGAUCGCCACCUAGUGGCCAAAAGGAUGAAGGAUCAUGUGAAUGACAAGACAAAGCUUCCUAUAUUGAUAUUUCCAGAGGGAACCUGUAUCAAUAACACAUCUGUCAUGAUGUUUAAAAAGGGAAGCUUUGAAAUUGGUACAACAAUAUACCCAGUGGCUAUUAAGUAUGACCCAAAGUUUGGAGAUGCUUUCUGGAACAGCUCCAAGUAUAGCAUGGCCAGUUACCUGCUGAGGAUGAUGACCAGCUGGGCCAUCGUCUGUGACGUCUGGUAUCUGCCAGCCAUGCACCAGCAGGAGGGAGAAGAUGCUGUCCAGUUUGCUAACAGAGUUAAGUCAGCCAUCGCUCACCAGGGAGGGCUGGUAGAUCUGCAGUGGGAUGGAGGCCUGAAGAGAGCAAAGGUGAAGGAGACGUUCAAAGAGCAGCAGCAAAAGAAAUACAGCACCAUGGUGGUGAGAAGUGACAGCAGCAGCAGCAACAGUGACUGAUACCUGAUGGACAAACCUCUGCCCUGUUUACCAAGAAUAAACACUGGAAACUAACCUUUUUCCUCUUGUAUGUUCUCACUCACUGCAUUCAGCAUGGAGUACAGUACUAACAAGUGGACCUAAACAAACACUGUGAAAACUUGGGUACACUUUAAACACGGAGAAUCCCAGCGAUUGACAAAAAGGUGAAGUGUUGAACUUUAUUAGGAAUACACUGUGAAAAGGGAACACUCUUUUUAUUGCUGCUUAAUAUAUUUACUGUUGUGACUGAAUGUUAAUGCUGAGAGAAUGCCCUGAAUGAAAUAUGUGAUUGCAGACAAUUUGGUUUCAUGGCUGUUUCUAUUCUCACAGUCAGCUGACUGAUUCAUGGGUUGUCACUUUUUUAUAAUACGUUUUAGUUCACAAAAUGAAUACCCACAGUGUGAAUAUGCAACAGCAAAAACAACCUGGAAGCCUUUGUAGCUGUACCGUUUUGUAAAAUGAGGCUGUUUUGUUUAUACAAAAAAAAAAAA